ACCUCACCCAGUAAUUAUGUUUGCGGCUCUCCGAUGUUCAGUGACCGAAUUGUAGGGGGCAUGGAUGCUGUGGAUGGAGAAUGGCCCUGGCAGAUCAGCCUGCGGUACAUGGGAUCUCAUAUCUGUGGUGGGUCCUUGAUCUCUAACCAGUGGGUCCUGACUGCUGCUCAUUGCUUUGGAUACUCCAUCAACCCAUAUAAUUAUUUUAUCGUGGCGGGGGAAUACCAGCUGUCCAUCACCGGUUACCAUGAAUAUUAUGCCUCUGUAGAGCAAAUUAUAACUUACCCCACAUUUGCUGGGGCAGGGAGCAGUGGAGACAUUGCCCUUAUCAAGCUGACUAACCCUGUUCCCUACACCAACUACAUCCUGCCUAUCUGUUUACCAUCUUUGUCUGUCAUCUUCCCGACUGGUUUGCCAUGCUGGGUAACUGGCUGGGGGAACACUGGAUCUGGUGUGAAUCUACCGUAUCCUAUGACUCUUCAAGAAGUGAUGACCCCACUGAUUGACUACAAAACGUGUGAUGCUAUGUACCAUGUUUUCUCUAAUGUGAAUGCGAACACCAGCAUUAUCAAGGAUGAUAUGAUAUGCGCCGGGUACACAAAUGGAAUGAAGGAUUCAUGCCAGGGAGACUCUGGGGGACCUCUGGUGUGUAAAGUAAAUGGUGCAUGGUACCAGGCUGGAAUUGUCAGUUGGGGCGAGGGAUGCGCUGAACCUUAUCGCCCUGGAGUCUACACUCUCACUACUUUCUACCAGCAAUGGAUACAAAGUUACAUCCCAGAACUUAACUUCAUAAACCCGGGUCCAACUGUAGCUUCAACUCAAGUUGGUCCAACUGUAGCUUCAACUCAAGUUGGUCCAACUGUAGCUUCAACUCAAGUUGGUCCAACUGUAGCUUCAACUCAAGUUGGUCCAACUGUAGCUUCAACUCAAGUUGGUCCAACUGUAGCUUCAACUCAAGUUGGUCCAACUGUAGCUUCAACUCAAGUUGGUCCAACUGUAGCUUCAACUCAAGUUGGUCCAACUGUAGCUUCAACUCAAGUUGGUCCAACUGUAGCUUCAACUCAAGUUGGUCCAACUGUAGCUUCAACUCAAGUUGGUCCAACUGUAGCUUCAACUCAAGUUGGUCCAACUGUAGCUUCAACUCAAGUUGGUCCAACUGUAGCUUCAACUCAAGUUGGUCCAACUGUAGCUUCAACUCAAGUUGGUCCAACUGUAGCUUCAACUCAAGUUGGUCCAACUGUAGCUUCAACUCAAGUUGGUCCAACUAAAGCUCCAAAUAAAGGCUCGAAGCCGCUGGGUCAAGAGAUGACGACUGUGAUUCUUCUUGCCUUAAGUUUAAUGUUUUUUCAUUACGUUUAA